UCUCUUUCUGGUCACUGAAACUACCACGAGAGAAGCAGAAGCUCUCGCACUGAAGCGCAGAGAGAGAGAGAGAGAGAGAGAGAGAGAGAGAGAGAGAUGCCAAUGGAAGCAUAUCUGUAACGCAUUUCACAGGCUUUAUUCACGGUAUCUUCAUCUUGUCUUCCUCUUCCUUUGUUCCUCUGUGUCCGAAUCGGGUUCGAAUUCGAACACGAGAUCCAACUGGUUCUCUUUCUGGAGACAGACAUUUCAGGAAUCGGUUCGAGCACUGCUCGGAAACCUUUCUUCUGGUAGAUCUCUGGAUUCAGAGGUGUGUCUAAGUUUUGGACGUCAUGGGUAAGUCUGCAAGGUGGAUAAAAAAUGUACUUCUGGGAAAGAAGUCAUCUAAGUCUAGUGGAUCCAAAGGGAAACAGAGAGUUCUGAAUGAAAAAGAGGUCCUGAUUACUGCAAAGAUAGAAGAAUCUGAUACAGUUUCAGAUUUGCCUUCCAUUCCAAAUGUUGUCUCCAACAUGGCUGAUGCAAGCAGCGGUAUGCUAGAGACAGUAAACAUGGGAGCCGAAAAGGUAUCAGAUAAUGAGAUACAAGUUCAUCAUGAGGGCCAAGUAACAGAUUUCGAAGGAGCUGAUCCUAUACCUGACAAUUCACUAUCUGAUGAAGAGAAAAUUCAGCAAGAGAAUGCUGCAACAGCUGUUCAGGCCGCAUUUAGAGGUUACUUGGCGCGCCGUGCUUUUUGGGCACUCAAAGGGAUAAUAAGGCUACAAGCAUUGAUUCGUGGCCAUCUGGUUAGGAGGCAAGCUGUUGCAGCACUGUGCUGUGUAAUGGGAAUUGUUAGGUUGCAAGCAUUUGCUCGGGGAAGAGAAGUCAGGCAUUCUGACAUUGGAGUUGAAGUUCAGAGCAAAUGCCGGCUGCAGUCUCCUCUGGAGAACAAGCUUGCUGACCCUGUUGAUACCCAUACUUACCUGGGAAUCACGAAACUAACGUCAAACACUUUUGCUCUAAAGCUUCUUGCUUCAUCACCAAAAGUGAUGCCGUUUCACUUCCACUAUGAUUCUUCUGAUCCAAACUCAGUCUCAAACUGGUUAGAAAUCUGGUCGGCCUCCCGCUUCUGGAAACCAGUUGCUCAACCAAAGAAAGCUUUGGUCCGGAAAACUCAGAAGAAGUUUGCUAACAACAAUUCUCAGAGUGAGGCUGAAGCUGUUCGAUCUAAGAAGAGUGUCCGUAAAGUCCCUGCAGCAAAUCUCGACAAUCCGUCGGUACAGACAUCUUUCGAAAUCGAGAAACCGAAACGCAACUUCCGUAAAGUUCCAAGCCAGUCUGUGGAACCACCAGCAGUGGAUAAUCCUCAGAGUGAGCUUGAAAAAGUUAAACGGAGCUUGAGGAAGGUACAUAACCCUGUGGUUGAGAACUCUAUCCAACCUCAAUUGGAUCCGCAGGUCGAAGCUGAGAAGCCAAAGCUUGCUGUAGAGAAGCCCCCUGAAUCUUCGUCAUCCCCACCACCACCUGUUCACGAACCCCUGACCGCCUUGGAUAUGGAAGAACCCAUGAAUGCCAAUGCCUCGGAUGGAGAGACGAAGCAAGAGAUGUCUGAGACAGUACAUUCUCCUGCACCAUUGGAAGCAAUCGAGGUCUUGGAAUCGUCAUGGGUCAACCAAGUUGACCAACUCGAUGACAAUCCCGCGGUUGAGACUAAACCACUGAUGGUAAAGAAAACUAAGGAAGAUAAAGUCCCCAAACUGAACAAUCAGGAGAACUCAGCAGAUAAAGAGAGUCAGAGAUCGGGGAAAAAGGGUUCAGUUAAUGCUAAAUCCGAGCGUCAAGAGAGUAACGGAAACCAGAUGAAUACCACGAUCCCGAGCUACAUGCAAGCAACUCAAUCUGCUAAGGCGAAGCUGAGGCUGCAAGGCUCGCCAAGGUCAGCUGGGCAAGACGGGACAGAGAAAAACAACGUCGUUACCCGACGUCACUCCCUUCCAUCUCCACUUAACAGCAGAGUCACCUCGCACUCUCCUAGAACAGCGAGAGCCACAAACUCGGGAGGUAAAACCUCGAGCAAGAACGAGAAGCCUCUUCUCGCGUCCCGGGAAGUAAACGGGAAAACAACCCAGGUAGAGUGGAAGAGGUGAUAGAUAUCUGCAGAAAGGUCCAUGCAUUUGAUGUUUCAGAAACCAAGCCAAUAAUAUAUAUAUAAUGCGACCGUCUUUUUAUAGCGCUAGCGUGAGAGUGUUUGUGCGUUAUAAAAACAAAAACCAGAUUUUUGUUGGAUAUUGCAUUUCCUGCAUCUGUGUGUUGUGUGUGAGAAUGAAUGUGAGUGUACAUCGUAGAGAUUUCGGAUCUUGGCAUUCCCAAUAUCAUAAACAUUUACUUUAUUAUUACGAAGAUUCUAUUCUUGA